AUGCCUAAGUUUCCUAAAGAAAUCGAAUACUCUGACACCUAUAAUGAUGAUGCAUAUUUUUAUAGAAAUGUAAGACUGCCUUAAGACCUAUAUAAAAAGAUUCCUAAAGGAAAAAUUAUGACUGAGGAUGUUUGGAGAUCUCUGGGAAUUAAAAGUUCAAAGGGAUGGCAACAUUUUUAUGUCUAUAAACCAGAACCAUUCAUUAUUAUGCUAAGAAAGCCUGUCAAUUUCUAGAAUUGA